AUGGCGAGCUCACAGAGACUCCUAGCUGCCGGCCUCGGCCGCCCUAUCGCAAGGGCGUUGCGUGUCCCAUCCCUCGCCGUUCGGCGCAAAUCUGGUCCCUACGGCUACACCCAGGCUAAGGCCCUGGUUUUCUCCAAGCCAGGCGAGCCCGCCGAUGUCCUGAGCCUUCACUCUCACUCCAUCUCGCCCAGCCUCCCGUCCUCCUCAGUCCUGGUCCGCUCUCUCGCCGCCCCAAUCAACCCGGCAGACAUCAACACAGUCCAGGGCACCUACGGCGCCAAACCACCCUUCACCUCUCUCAUAGGCACCCCCGAACCAUCGGCCACACCCGGAAACGAGGGAGUCUUCGAGGUCCUCUCCUCCUCCUCGCCCGACUUCGCCAAGGGCGACUGGGUCAUCCCCGCCAUCUCCCAGUUCGGCACCUGGAGAACCCACGCGGUGGCAGAGGCCUCAAAGUUCAUCAAGGUCGACAAGCAGGGCCUCUCCCCGCUGCAGGUCGCCACCGUCAGCGUCAACCCGUGCACGGCGUACCGCAUCCUCCGCCACUACGGCCCCAACGCCGGCGUCAAGGCGGGGCUGGGCAUGCGGCCCCUCGAGGUCGGCAGCGGCGAGUGGUUCAUCCAGAACGGCGCCAACUCGGGCGUCGGCCGCGCCGCCAUCCAGUUCGGCCGGCUCUGGGGCCUGCGCAGCAUCAACGUCGUCCGCGAGCGCGAGACCGAGGAGGCCACGCUUGCGCUGAGGCGCGAGCUCGAGUCCCUGGGCGCCGACGUCGUGGUGACCGAGUCGCAGUUCAUGUCGCGCGAGUGGAGGGACCGGCUGGCCGAGAUCACCCGCGGGGGCCGCGAGCAGGUCGGCCUCGGACUCAAUUGCGUCGGGGGCAAGUCCGCCACCGCCGUCGCCCGCUCACUGGGCGAGGGCGCCACCAUGGUCACGUACGGCGGCAUGGCCAAGCAGCCUGUUGCUCUGCCUGUUGGUCUCUUGAUCUUCAAGGAUAUCCGGUUCCUCGGCUUCUGGCUAUCCAAGUGGAACGAGAAGGAUGUUAAGGGGAGAAAACACAUGAUUAAUGAUAUUCUAAGCCUGAUACGCGCUGGGAAGUUCCAGGAUGUACCUGUGGACGAAGUCAAGUGGGAUUGGGACACCGAGGAGUCUACUCUACGUGAUGCCGUGCAAGGAGGACUCCAGGGAUUCAGAAAAGGCAAGGGGGUCUUCGUCUUUGGCGAGACCUGA